AUGUCAUUACAAGGUUUGAAUAUAAUUGCAACCUCAGUGUCCCUGAGUGUGUGUCCUCAGAACUUGCCUAGACCUCCCUCCAGGCAGCCCUGCAGAGCCCCCAGCGUCCCUGUGGCCCUUCUCAUCUCUGUACUGGCCCUGGGGAUGCUCUGCUCCAGCCCCGCGUGGACCCUGGGCUGCGAGCUGCCUGCUAGCCGCGGCAAUCUGGAAAGCUUCGCACGUUGGAGUCAGAUGGAGAGAGUGUGCAUCGUGUCCUGUCUGAGGGACAGGACUGACUUCAGGUUUCCUCAGACCCUGGUGGACGGGACCAGGCUUGAGAAGACAGAAGCCACAGCUGCUGUGAAUGAGUUGCUCCAGCUGACCUUCCAGCUCUUCAGCACCACAGGCUCUUCUAUGGGUCGGGAGGAGAGCCUCCUGGACAGAUUCCUCGUGGGACUUGAUCAGCAGCUGGAGGAGCUGGACACGUGUCUGAGGGAGGGAAGGAUGAUGGAACAGUCACCUCUAGGGAGUGAGAACUCCAGAUUGGCUGUGAAGAGUUACUUCCAGCGAAUUAGUCUGUACCUCAAAGAGAAAGAAUACAGCCGCUGUGCCUGGGAGGUUGUCAGCAUGGAAAUCAGAAGGUGCUUGGUUUUCGCCAACAAGCUCAUCGGAAAACUGAGGAAAUAA